UAAUAGACGAAACUGUAGAUACCGAGAGACUCGAGAGACGUAAGUUAAACUUGGAGAAGAGACGAAAUUGUAGUUGACCCUUUAACCAUUUAUUUCUUAUAAACCGAAUCAGUCCUUCGGCGAUUUUGAUAAUUCCCCCAUCUCCCUAGAUCUCCUACAUUUCGGAGAUGGCGGAUGCGCAAUCCAGAUACGUUAAGCUGACAAAAGAUCAGGCGCCUUUAGAGGAUAUCCAACCUGGUGAACUUAAUCAGCCCAUUGAUGUUCCUCAGUUGCAUGUCCGAAAGUGCAAUGAAUGUGGACAGCCUUUACCUGAAAACUUUGAACCUCCUGCUGUUGAACCUUGGACAACUGGAAUUUUUGGCUGUGCUGAAGAUACAGAAAGUUGCUGGACAGGACUAUUUUGUCCAUGUGUUCUAUUUGGGCGUAAUAUUGAGAGCUUGAGAGAUGAUACGCCUUGGACUACACCAUGCAUUUGUCAUGCUAUUUGUGUUGAAGGUGGCGUUGCAUUGGCAGUUGCAACAGCUUUUGUCCAUGGUAUUGAGCCGAAGACAACAUUUCUCAUUUACGAGGGUUUGUUGUUUGCUUGGUGGAUGUGUGGAAUAUAUACUGGCCUUUCUCGGCAAUCCUUACAGAAAAAGUAUCAUCUCAAGAAUUCACCCUGUGAUCCUUGCAUGGUGCAUUGCUGCAUGCACUGGUGUGCUUUAUGCCAGGAGCAUAGAGAGAUGAAGGGACGGCUAUCAGAUGACUUUGUCAUGCCAAUGACUGUUGUCAACCCUCCUCCUGUUCAAGAGAUGACGGCCAAUAAUGAAAACCAGGAUUCCACACCACCACCCUCUGGGACUAGCACAAACUUGGAGAUGCAAGCUCUCUAAGUUCCGGCAUUCUUAGUAAAAAAUGGCGCAUAUUGUUGAAUGAUUUUUGUGUUGGAGGGAUUUUAUUUAAAUAUUCAUGCCUUGUUUCUCUGUAGAAUUGGUUAGUCUUCACAAAGAACUUUUCCAUACUCUUCUUAUGGUACAUCUAUUGAUACUGAGAGAUAAUUCUCUAAUCAGCGAGGCUUUUGAUUUGCUAUAUAUAUAUAUACACAGAUACCGUUACUUCGUUUUUAA